CUCUUCCAGCUACUACCAUUCUUGCCCUCCAGCUACUUGCUUUCACUAUGGCUUUCAAGCCUAUGCCACUUCUCUUUGCCGUUUUGCUUCUCAUCACUUCUAGCAACGGAGAUAGCAACACUGCCCCUGGUGCUUUCCCUCAUGGUAAGAUAUCAAGCCCCCCACCACCACCAGUCAAUGCAUCCACUCCAUACCCACCCACCCAGGUCACCCUUCCUCCUCCUCCACCGCCACCUCCAGUCAAGCUACCACCAUCCCCAUCUCCGGCGGUCAAGCCUCCACCACCACCAGUCCCUACUCCCCCCGUUUCACCACCAAAGAACACAGCAGACUGCGUUCCCCUAUGCCAGGUGAGGUGCAAGUUGCAUUCGAGGCAGAAUGUAUGCCUAAGAGCAUGCGCUACUUGUUGUUUAAGAUGCAAAUGUGUUCCGCCAGGCCAAUAUGGGAACCUAGAGAAAUGUGGCAAAUGUUAUGCUAAUAUGACCACCCGCGGAGGCAGGCGCAAGUGCCCAUGAAUAUAGAGAUUGAAGCUCUAAGAUGGAUUAUAUAGGAACUGUUGCAUGACUUUGCAUAUGUGAACUGUAAUAGCUGACUAGCACCAGUUAUAAUUUUCAGAAGAGAUUUUGAUAAAUAAAUGCCCUACUUGACACAA